AUGAGGAGAGAAGAAUUCCGUCCUGCAUUCCAGAAGCUUGGGGAGUUAAUGUGCAUUCUAGAGAAAGCUUUGCAUUUAAUUCUCACUGCUACACCGAAAUCAAUUGCAAGUCUAUCUAAACAGCUGAAUUUGAAAAAUCCACUUGUUAUCAGUGAGAAUGUGGACCGUCCAAAGAUAUUUAUAGACUUUAGAACCAGAUUGCCAAACUUUCAUAAAUUUGACAAAUUUGAUGACUUGAUACAACCAGUGGCAACAGAAUUGCUGGAAAAAGGAGUUCAUUUUCCAGUAACCAUAAUGUAUGUGGAAAGUUUGGAAGCAUUGUCCUAUUUUUAUCAGUUUCUUUCGUAUAAACUUAAGGGUGCCAGCUAUGAUGGUGAGGAAAUUCCACAGAAUAGAAUAUAUGCCCAAUACCACAAAGAUUAUGCAGAGUCCAUGAAGAAAAUCACUAUUCAAGAACUGACUAAAGAAACCCCUAAAGUCAGAUUAGUUUUGGCAACUGUUGCACUGGGAAUGGGGCUUAAUGCUCCAAGUGUUUCACGUAUCAUUCAUUGCAGGCCCCCAACAACCCUGGAGAAAUACCUACAAGAAAUCGGUCGUGCUGGACGUGUUGGACAACCGUCAGUGGACCAAAGGAAAAAUUUUGCCCCAUUUGUGGCAGAAAAUGACUCGUCGUUACUGACUGUAUAUAUGAUUUCUCCCGUCAAGUGUAAUUUUAAGCAACUCGCUGCAUCUAGUCACAUACACAUCAUUCUUGUGGAUUCUGUUGCUGUAUAA